AUGUUACCUUUCUUAACUUACCAAGUCUUAUCAGAUCAAUAUGAUGACGACCUUAUUGUUAAUACAACAUAUCUUAGGGCUUAUUGGGGUUUGAGGUCAAGAGAUUACACAGAUUUUGAUAUUCAAUACAAUGAAUUAGCUGAUCAAGGGGGAGUAAGCUGGGUUCAAACAACAUAUUCAAACGGUGGUUGGUACCCCAUCUUCAAAGUUGAUGAUGAUGUCCAAACAAGAAUACUUGGAAGGAAUGGAGGAACAGCCACAUACAAAGGUGUAAGGGCUUCAACAAUAAUCGAAGCUGUGCCAGAACUAGGUGAAAAAUAUCUUCUUAUUACGUUUUCACUUAAAAAUGAAGAUGAACGUCCACAUACUGUUAGCGUAUCAGCACAUGCAGAUGUACAGAUUAAACACAAUGACCACGCAACAUGCUAUUGGUAUGGUAAUGAAUCGCACAGAGGUUUGACAAUGUAUGAUCCGAACUCAAAAAUCACUCUCACUAUACUUGUCAGAGGAGGCUAUAAGGUUUUUGACGCAGAUUUAUUUUGGUUUGGUAGAUGGGAAGGAACUCGAAAUCUCCACUACUUUGAUAACACCAAUGAAACUAAAAUAUUAGAAAGAACAGAUUCAGCCUUUUCAGUUAGCUGGUUAAAUCAUCAUUUAUAUCCAAACAAAACAAUUAAUUUCACUGUACUUAUGGGUGUAGGUGAAAAUUUAAUGAAUCCUUCCACUGUGAAUAUUUCCACUAAUUUUUCAGAAAACUAUAAUCCAGAAUCAGUAGUAGUGGUCACAGGUAUAGUCGAUGACAUUGAUCAAAGUGAAAAUGUUACUGUUUACUACGAAUUCGAAAAUAAAAACAGAACAUUUGUUGAUACAUUCACAACUGAGCCAAAUGGAGGUAUCAUCAAUGGAGCAUUCACAUUCAAUGUAACACUUGGAAAUGCUGUUAAUCGAUAUAAUUUGAAGGUUUAUGCUAUUGACUCUUCAAACUUAACAUCAAAUGUUUUCGAAAGAGAUCUUCUUGUGAAUGAAGCUCCAAAAGUCCAAUUUACAAAGAGACCAGAAAACGAAUAUUAUGAAGGUAGCCAUGUGAAAAUAGAAGGCAUAAUUUGGGAUGAUACAGUAGCAUCAAUUAAAUACCAAAUUGAUGAUGGAUAUAUUUGGGAAACAGGCCAAAACUUUGAAUGUUACAAAUUAACAAAGCCAUUCCGCGUUUCCUUCUCAAUUCAGGAAGAUUAUAUAAACUUUGGGCGGCAUAAAAUUUAUAUUUGGGCUCAAGAUGAAUUCGGCGUUAAGUCAUCAAUAAUUAGUUCUGAAUUCUAUUACAUCCAGUUGCAUGCUCCAGAAAUUUACAUAUCGGAAAAGAAUAACGGAAAUCGAGAAUAUCAUCGUGGUCAAAAAAUUGAAUUUAAAGUUGAUGUUCGAGAUAUUGAUAAAAAUCAAAUUGUUACUGUCAAAUACAAGAAACCAGAAGAUGAUGUUACAGCUGAAGCCGACUCUUAUAUUUCUUAUAAUACAAAUAAUCAACCUGACUGGUUCACUAUUACUAUGGAAUAUACUGUUGCAACUAGUUUAGAGAUCGGAAAAGAAGUUAGUAUCCCUAAGUCGUGUACUGAGGCACUGCGCGCCUCCUUACACAAUAUAUGUGAAUUUGACACUUUACAAAACCGUUAA